AAUGCCACUGAAUGCUAAUAUCCUCAAGAGAGAAACGUGGGGGGAAUGAAAUCUGUGUUAGCGUAAUAUCAUUCUCAUCACCCACUAUAAAAUCCACCACCAGCUCUCUCUUCCAUAAUUGGCGGUUACAAAAAGCCAGCUUUCCUGUUCUCCUUUACAGACAAACUCCUUCACGAAACCCAUGCACUUCUUCAUGUUCAAUGUCUAUCUAAAUACCUAAAUUUCUUAUCUUUCCUAGUCUUGGAGACCACCCCACCAUUCCAUUUUGCAACACAGAUGGAGAAGCUCCCUCACCUGCCCUCACCUCCCCCUCCUACACAUACGAUGCUAUCCGAGCUGAGGAAGCAGAGAGGAAUUGUGGUUCCCCUCAUGGUCAUGAACUUGGCUUGGCUGGGCAAGUGUGUCAUCACUACUGUGUUUCUGGGCCAGCUUGGAGAGCUGCAGUUGGCCGGUGGUGUGCUCGGGUUCACCUUUGCAAAUGUGACUGGCUACUCUGUGUUGAAUGGGCUCUGUUGUGCCAUGGAACCUAUAUGUGGUCAGGCUUGUGGGGCUAAAAAUGUUAGGCUUCUACACAAGACCCUUGUCAUGGUAACCAUCUUGUUGCUGACUACUGCAGUGCCUAUAUCCUUCUUGUGGCUCAACGUUGACAAGAUCCUCAUUUAUUUUGGCCAACAAGAAGAUAUUUCUAUGGUUGCCAAGACCUAUCUCUUGUACCUCCUGCCCGAUUUGUUCGUCAUUUCAUUGCUUUGUCCUCUGAAAACCUACUUGAGCGCGCAAAGCAUGGUCUUUCCUAUAAUGUUCAGCACGUCUGUUGCACUGGCUUUUCAUGUACCUAUCAACAUCUUACUCUCCAGAGCCAAGGGUCUGAAGGGAGUUUCCAUGGCAGGCUGGGUAACUGAUCUCCUUAUUGUGAUCCUGCUUGCAUUUUAUGUGUUGAGGAUAGAGAGUAGCAAGGAAAGAAGAUGGAAGGAAGGAGGGUGGUGGGAUCAAGGAGUAGGCGACUGGAUCAAAAUGCUAAAACUAUGUGGUCCAAGUUGCCUCACCACCUGCCUUGAGUGGUGGUGCUAUGAGAUUUUGGUGUUGCUCACGGGGCGGCUCCCGAAUGCCAAGCAGGCAGUGGGGGAGUUAGCCAUAGUGCUAAACUUUGAUUACCUGCUCUUCUCUGUCAUGCAAUCGCUUGCUACAUGUGCAUCCACCCGUGUCUCGAAUGAACUUGGCGCAAACCAACCAGACCUUGCUUAUCAGUCAGCAUAUAUUUCCUUUCUGGUGAGCUUCGCCUCGGGUUGCAUAGGUGCUGCAAUGAUGGUCUCUGCCAGAGGUAUUUGGGGGUAUUUAUAUAGCCACGAUGCAAGGACUAUCAGAGGUGUAAAGAAGAUGCUGCUGCUAAUGGCUCCGGUGGAGGUGGUGAACUUCCCUUUAGCAGUUUGUGGAGGAAUAGUCCGGGGAACAGCUAGGAUGUCGUUGGCAAUGUAUGCCAAUCUUGGUGGGUUCUACUUGGUGGCCCUGCCCUUGGGCAUGGUUUUUGCUUUCAAGGCAGGGCUUGGACUUGGGGGACUACUAAUAGGGCUCUUGGUCGGUGUGGUCGUGUGCUUGGCUUUGUUGUUGGUGUUCAUUUUUAGGAUUGAUUGGGCUGAAGCAGCUGGCAAGGCACAAAUACUUGCCUGUAGGGAACAGGAAAUUGCCAAGGAAGAUGAAAAUCACAGAAUUUUGAAGACCCUCGAAAAUCCAUGAACAUAAUUUCUCAGGGGAAAUUGAGCACUGUUGAAGCCAGCAUGCCACAAACAGGCUAUGCACUCAUAUGGAGACCUUGCAUAAAUCAAACAGGAACAGAGAUUGUAUAUAAACUUCAUGGUUCAUGCUCGACAGACCUGGUACUGUCAAAUUCUGAAAAAAAUUCAUCAGAAAGCUUAGAACAGCAUAAUCAAUCCAUCUGAUUAAAAAAACACAUCAGUAUCCAAAAUGAAUGUGUUAAUUGGAGCUAUUAACCAUCUAAAAAAUCCAGGUUCAGAACUUGAAACUCCAGCUCCUAGGCUUUCUCAUGCUUGAACCAUGGGCAGCUAUUAUCUUGGAAGUCACUGCAGCUUCCUUUCUAGACCAGAUUCCAAGGAGCAAAUGAUUUGUCUUACCUUCUCUAAUUUUACUUGCAUGUCCAUUAAUCAAACACAAACGGUUUUUGUUUAUGUUGAAGAAUGAAAUAAGGAAAGUUGUGAUUUUGAAAAGAGAAUUAGGCAAUCCUAUGA